GGUUCCAUAUAUGGAUAAUGAUGCAAUGGUGUUUUCAAACAAACCAAGCAUGCGUAUAUCACGGUUCACGUGUGCAAAUUACUAUUACUACCGAUUUUUUGCGGGAAACGUUCACAACCUUCUAGAGAUUAUAGAAUCCUGAUGUAGUUCAACAUGCAACAGUCUUCUAAAGGAAAUCCUAAAGAGAAUUUUGAAGUAGACGAACCAGACGAGAGCCCUUCAGCCUUUUCUGUGUGUUCCAAGGACAAGAAAAUUAAGAGACCAUCUUCCGGAAAACGCGACAGUGGAUAUGGCACGGACAAUUCACCAGCAAGUGCUGCCCUUGGAAACCAGCUCAUGUUUAGUUUUGAUGACAUCCCAUCAUCGCCAUUGUCAGAUGAGCCCUCUGCACAGGAAAGUUUAGAGAAUUCCGGUGAAUUAGAGGACCCAGUGUCCGGAGAUAUCAGUGACCAGGAAGUGGAAAUGGUCCUGUCCAAUCCUAGUUCCCCCGGGCUUCAUCCCUCGAUCCCCGUGCCCAACCGGCCCUCUGCACCCUUCCCACGGGGAGGGGAGGCAGAGAUGGAGUUGGAUUUAAUACAGGGAAUAAGUAGUGAGUCGUGUAUAUCGUCACCGUGUGUGCAGCGGACUCGUAGCCGAGUUAGGAGGAAUGGAGUUUAUUUUCGACCAAUCGUGAACCGGUCCGUGGGGACCCAGACUCCGAACCCCACCUGCCAAAUUGUCCACGAUGUCAUAGACCGUUUUCACCCCUAUGGACAUGUACGAGAUUCCCUGACCAGAAACCGCCAUAAUUCGGCGGAGGAUCAACAUCCGUCCUCUUCUAGUCCACUUCCUGACAUCAUUCCGACGUCACGUGACCGCUCGGUCUCUCUCCCGGACGUCCCCUCCCUCCGCCAGCAACAAGAGCAGGCCGUGGGGAGAGAGCUCCGGAGGAUCAGCGACGAGUUCCACGAGGCCUUCACCACGCCCCUCAGGAGACCCAGUCUCUUUAGGGGACCCCAGUCGUUCCCGGGGUCGGCCAGGUUCAACAUGGCCAACCUGUGGGAUAGUCUCAGGAGCUUCAUCUCCAGCCCGGUGACUGUUCGCCAUGACGACGACCUUGACCCCGACAACGACCAAGAAGACGACGACGUGUUUCCCGCCAAAUGUUGACGGGUUGAGCGUCCGCGUGACGUAGUUAUUAGAUGUGAAUUGUGACAUCAACCUUAACGUGAAACUUGUCGAAAUGCUUCCAAUGGGUGCUUCAUUUAUCAACUGUUAGUAUGCAAUGGAUUCUUUUGUUCUGUAAACAGACGGUUGACUUUGGGUCAAAAAACGUAGAUUGGCAAGAUUACUGUAGUUUUAGUAUAAUAUCGAUAUAAUCGCUGUUGUUUGCUCAGAUCGGGGCCUCGCCCGGUUUUUGGAUCUCAUUUGUGUCCUUUUUACUAGUUAGUGUACAUUUUCUUUUUUAUUUAAGUGUUUUCUCGUUUAGUUCUAGUGCUGACACACGAGUAUACAAUAUUUUGGUGCAUGUCUCUCAUUCCGACAUCAUGGUUAAUCAAAUGCCUGGUGCAAACUCAUCGAAAUCGCAUUAAAAAAACAACCAUUACACACAAAAAGUACUUCAAUAUGUCGGGCCGUUAGAAUUUUGUUUUCAUUUUCAAGGUGUCGAAAAAGUACAGCACUGUGUUCAAACGCUCCAACUCUUCGCAAAUCAAACAGUUUAUCGUGCUCGAAAAAUGUGUUCAGAAUUUUUUUUUUUCGAUUUGAAAAAAAAAAUAGUUAAAUUUGUAGCUGAGGUAUAUAGUCAUAAGGGAGUGAGAGAAGUAAAAAACCCCACCCUUCAUUUCCUGAUUCAUAACUAUAGUUGACUUUAUCACUACAAUUAGACUGCGGUUAUCGAUUUUUGGGGGAAAACAGGAAAACGUAACACAAGUAUAGAAAAUGAUAGACUCUGUAGGAAUGUAUCGAUUUGACACAGUCAUGGUGUCUGACCUUGCGUUUUAUUGUUUUAUGGAGCGACGCCUUUCUAGUUAGAUCAGAUAACCAAGCAGAGAGCGAGAUAGAUGACUAGCGCUUUGAGAGUGAAGCACGUAUUGUGCUCUUCUUAUUUUACUCUGAUGUAAAGUGUAGCGCGCACAACGAAUUCUUCAGACUUUUGUGCUCACCUUAAAACGUAAAUUUUUCCAAUAUAGAUAGCACGACCCGGAAGGGAACACUGCAAUUGUUCAGUUAUAUUUGUAAUGUUGUUUUAAACGAUUUUCUAAUCACUUCCUCUCUCACUGCUAACUAGUAUAAUCCAUAGACUUGGUUGUUGUGUUUGUGACUUGUAUAUAGCGCUGAAUUGGUUCCAUUCUUUUUUUGUGCUCGACAUGUGAAGAAAAGGUGGAUACAAGAGUUUUAAACAUUGUAUUACUAUUGUAUAUAUUUUCUUGUAAAUAGUUCAGUUUUUUGAGAUGUUUCAAAAAAUAUUUUGCCGAGUUUUCCUAUGAUCUCAUAACUUCUUGCUACAAGUCAGCCGACUUCUAGUAUCCCCCGGUCAGUCACGUGCCUAUCAUGUGUGCCAACAAUGAAAUGUUCUCCAUUUUUACAACAAAAUUUUGUAUUCAAAACGUCUUUUUAUUUUUAGUAAUGAAAUACGAGUAUUCAAUUCAAUAUACACACAUCUUUUUCAUCAUUUUUUUUUUUGGUUUGAUAUUUAUUUAAUCAACAUUCUGCAUUUCCCCUACAUUAUCACACUAGCUAUUAUUUUAUUAAUGUUUUUACACAACAGAUUUAUUGUGCAAAGGACCUCAGGAAGCCUCCUUUUCUUCAUACAAAUAUAUGACAUUAUAAUUUUUUGGUCAAUCACACAUUAUAAGCGCACAAUGAUCAUGUAUGUUAGUUCACCCUCGGUUCUUGGAAAACCGGGGGAGGCGGUUUAGCACUAAGUGUUGUUCCUUUAUAUCAGGUACGCCAUGCGAUUUAUUUUUGCGAUGGGCAUUGGAUGUUUGUUUGGUUUUUUUAUUUUAAAAAAGAUAGUGCUUACACUGGCCAUGCAGAAUCGGGUUCAACGAGUGAUAUUAUGGGGUACAUCUGUCGAUUUUUAUUUUUCUAUUAAAAAGUUGAAAAAUUACAAAAUUUAAAAAAAAUGAUGUUUUACAUGAAAACUUUAUAAUGUAUGAAAAAAAAAUCAAAAUAAAGGUUAUGCAAAUGAU